AUGCUGUCAGCUGGUGUGUCUUCAUAUAACAAAGCUGCCUUCGCUCUUCUCUUUGCGACGACAUCUUGGCCUUCUUUUUGCGCUGCCUUGCCUUCUAUUCAACAAUUGCUUCGUCGAGGUGACCUGUGGCUCGACUAUUCCUCUCCAACUCCUUCCCCCGAAGACGGACCUCCGCUAUCCGCCAACGCCGUCCGGGACCCGGCCUACCUCCCAAUCCAUAUAGGUGCCAUUGUGGGAGCGUAUGGUUUUGCGUUGGUGAUUGUAGCUAUCCUGUUGCUGGCUCUCCUCAAGACCAGACGAACACAUAUCAGGAACGGUGAAUUACCCGAGGAGGAGAGGGGACUACUGGCUUUCAACCCUUUCACACAACAAUUCCUGUCCGAAGAGGAAUACAAGAAACAACUCGAGCAAUACCAACUUCAGGCCGAACAAUACCAGGCCGGGCAACAACAUCCUCAGCAGUUCCAGCAAGAACAAUUCCAGCCAGAGCAGCAACAGCAGUACCUUGGUCACAACCUAGGGCAGAAGCUCUCUCUCCAGACAGACCUCCCGGCGCACACAAGAAACUAUUCUCUUCCUUCGGCUUCGCCCUUGACAGCAAGAGACAGACUCGGCGGCCCACUCAGCCCAGCCAAGUCACAAUUCUCCAUCGCAACAGCGCACUCGCCGACUUCGACGAUCCUUGCUUGCGGCAUCGACCUCUCGGUUGAUCAGACAGUCGUCGGUCGGGACAGAGCCAUGGCGCAAAAUCAGCUAGAAGAGAUGUACAGGCAUGUGAUGGAGCAGGAAAGAGCCAAAGCGGAGGGUAGGGCAUAUGAGCCUCCUCCAAUGCUCACCUCGCCAUCCACCAAGUCCGUCAACACCAUGCCGCCCACCCCCGGAAGCACCAAAAGAGAGAGGAACAAACCUUCCAACCUCAACCUCGCCCAGGACACCAAGAAGGAAUCCCGAAGCUCAUCACUUCUCAACUUUCUCAAGUCCCCAAGGAAGAACAAAGUCCAAGGCUCAGGAAUGGUUAUCUCCUCCCCCAUCUUGACCCCAAUGUCAGGCACCUUCCCUCGCCAAGAGGAGCAAGAACUGAACACCAUCCCACCCCGUCACUACGCUCCCCUAGCCCCUCCCCCAUUGCCACAAGGAAGCUCCUCCGACCUCCCCUUCCGCCGCAACAACCACGCCGGCUCUUCUAGCCAACAUCUCCCCACCCCAGACAUCUCCCCCGUCUCCACCCAAUCAAUCGAUUCUCGCAUCGACGCCGCCGUCGCCGCCCCCCGUCAUCAUCAACGCGACAACUCCAACGAAGAACCCCCCUCGGCCACCUCCUCCACCUCGGGCCUGGUUGGCCUCCCCACCUCCCCCAAACCAGGCGUCAACCGCUUCCCCUCAAUGGACUCCCUCCCUGCCUCUCCCCGUCCAGGACAAACAUCCUUUAACCGACCCAACCCGCCUUCUGCCGUUCGCGCGGGUGGUGCCCUGCCUUUUAGAGCUUACGAGCCAGCAGUGACUAGUCCUUCUGCUGCGUCGUUUGGCACGACGAAACAGACUGUUUUCACGAGGCCGGACAGGGAUAAUGGGUUGCCGACGGGGCAGAGGACGCCAUGGACGGGGGCGCCGGUGCCUUAUACGCCUUAUCAGCCGUUUAGCCCGGUGAUUCCGGUUACGCCGAGUUUGUUGAGUAAGAAGGAGAGGAAGAUGAUGAGGAAGUUGGAGCCGAAGACACCGACGCUGGAGAUGGUUCGGGAUACGGAUGAUGUUUGGUAA